AUGGCUCCAACUAUUGUCGUCAUAGGCGCAACCGGCAACACUGGCAAGAGCGUCAAACUUGCGACGCUACCUCAGGUUGAGAUGCAGAAGGACUGGGCUACCAUCGACGCUGCAUGGCUUCGAAGUCAGGAGGUAGGCCGAGUCUACAUUGCACCGCAUAACUUGCCACACCAGUUCGUGGAAGAGUCUGCCCUCCACCCUCCAUAUCGCCCUGCCGCAAGCUGGUGUCAACCGCCCACACGGGGCAAUUGA